AUGCAAGCGGUGCGUGUGGCGGCGGCGGCGGCGGUGGCGGCGGCGCUCCUCUGCCAGGCGGUGGCGCUGCCCGAGGAGGUCGGCGACGCGGUGGAGCUGGAGGACGACUUCGAGGAUGACGUGCCCGUCGUGGCCAAGCGCGUCGGCUCAGGCCGAACCUUCUCGGAUUGGAGCAAGAAAUUCUGGGAGUGGAUGGGCUAUGACUAUGACUACGACUAUGACUACGAGUACUACUACCCCUCCAGCAGCGCCUCGCAGAUCGGCUACGGCUACCCCGCCGUUGGCUACAUCCCUGCUUCUGCCGGAGGCCACCACUCCUCUUACAGCAGUUACAGCCCCAUUCAGUCAGGCCACCAAUUUGGCCACCCAGCUCGAGACGACGACAACGAUGACGAGUGGUCUUUCACGGACAUGAUGUUCGACAUGGCCGUGACCAUCGUCCCCAUUGGAAUCUUGCUCUCCGCGCUGCCCGCCGGCUUCUUGACCUUCGCCAUCAGGAGACGUAGUUUCGAUGGCUCAAACCACCUGGAGGAGGAUUUUGACCCGUCAGAGCUACCCCUCCUGCAGGCGAUGAUGGAGAACGACUUCUUUGCCCUUGGCGAACGCGAGUGCCAGAUGAAGCUCUUCUGCGAGCUCACUCUGCUCGGCGAGAAAGAGAACGCUUCAUUCAUGCAGAAAGCUUUGUACUACAUCGCCACGUUGACGCCAGACUUCAUGGCCCGCCGCGUCGGCCUCGAGAAGCUGUUCCGCACGUCCCGCGCCGGCACCUGCAGCGUCUUCAGCUGCAGCGCCGCCUACGGUGAAACGCCGAAGGUCGCGCACAAACCCACCCACACCAAUCACAUCGACGAGGUUGCAUCCGAGGUCGAGAAGGAGGCGGUGGAAGUUUCCAAGGAGUGAACGCCAACGGUGUUGCAGCUGAUUUGGGACUGAACUGCUCCAUCAGCCUAUCUCUCGCGGCCACGAGGCUCGCGCUUCUUUUUGGUCGUAAACAUCUCCUGUUUUGUUUAUCUUAGAGAGCGACGUCGUGAUUGGCCCAUGCGAUGACCGCCUGGCCAAUCAGAGGGCUGAACAUAAACAAGGCUAGUCAUGUUUACUCCGAGAGUCGUCGCCGUCUUUCCAGGUCGAGAGAGUCCGCACUGGCACCAAUGCAUCUGGCGAGUAAUUGAUAAGAUCUUCCUACACUAUUUAACCGAAGUUAACACUGUUUUUUUUUUCUUUUUUUUUCUUUUUUUUUUAUAUAAAUAGAUGUAAAUUCUGGGUAGGUCUCUGUUCUAACUCUUGACGAACAAGGAAGGAAGUUGCGAAACGAUGACCGACAGACUACGCAUUCGGACAAACUGCCGCGACGACCCAAAAGAAGACACGAUUCACUGUGCCAUAAGGGCCAUCAUGCUCACUCCACGACGAGGGUCUCCCGCGCGCGCGCAGAGACCCAACAGAACCUCUACAAGGAGUCAGACCAAACUGUCCUCUCUGAACCGGGUGACGCCAGACAAGCCUAAGUCGUGUUUAAGAAUUUGGCCUCCGAGACUCGAGACUGUGAUUCCCCUGACGCCCCCCCCCCCCUCCGCGUUGGCGCCUCGACAUCACCGACGUAGAAAACUAAGUCAAGACGCUUGCAAGGCAGCUUCGGGCUCGUGUGCGUGGCCUCACGGGGACGCGCGGAGAGCCUCUGCAAGGAAGUUUGUUUUACCCUUUUUGACGUUGUUGUGUUAAUGCUGUUGCUCUCUGUACUUCAAUCUUCAUGAUUUUCACACACACACACACACACACACACACACACACACACACACACACACACACACACACACACACA